AUGCCAUUUAUCUUCUUACUUAUAUAUCUGUUACUAACUUCGAUGAAAAAUUUCGUAUCAGCAAGCAUCGAUGAAAAGCAAUUAUAUGAGGACUUACUAACCAAUUACAAUGUAUUAGAACGGCCUGUAAGCAAUUCGAGUACUCCAUUAAUCAUCAAAAUGCGACUUUUUCUACAACAAAUUGUUGACGUUGAUGAGAAAAACCAAGUGGUCCAAAUUAAUGCAUGGAUCCGAUAUAUUUGGGAGGAUUAUAAGUUAAAAUGGGAUCCUCGAGAAUAUGGUGGCAUCAAGAAUUUGCAUUUUCCGGGUGAUAAUUCAAGAAUAUGGAGGCCUGAUAUAUUAUUAUAUAACAGUGCUGACGAUAAUUUCGAUUCAACUUUCAAAAGCAAUUUAUUAGUGUAUAGCAAUGGAGAAGUGAAUUGGAUACCACCCGGUAUUCUGAAAUUUAGUUGUAAAUUGGAUAUUACCUGGUUCCCGUUUGACGAUCAAAUUUGUGGAUUGAAAUUUGGUUCAUGGACACAUAAUGGUUUCUCAUUAGACUUGCAAAUUGAUUCUGAUGAUAGCAACUCAACUCAUCAAAUGGAUAUUAGUGAUUAUGUGAUAAACGGUGAAUGGGAUUUGAUUGCAACACCAGCUGCACGUAAUGUUAAACAUUUCGUAUGCUGUCCAGAACCUUAUCCAACAAUUACAUUCUAUAUGCAUAUCCGUCGUAGAACUCUAUAUUAUGGCUUUAAUUUGUUAAUACCAAGCUUACUAAUCACAUUGAUGAUUAUCCUUGGUUUCACAUUACCGCCAGAUGCUGGAGAAAAGAUUACAUUAGAAAUUACAAUUUUACUAUCUAUCGUAUUCUUUUUGAGUAUGGUUACUGAAAUGACACCUGCAACUAGCGAAGCUCUGUCAUCUGAGAUAUCAUCAUCAUCAUCAUCAUCAUCAUCAUCAUCAUCAUCAUCAUCAUCAUCAUCAUCAUCAUCAUCAUCAUCAUCAUCAUCAUCAUCAUCAUCAUCAUCAUCAUCAUCAUCAUCAUCAUCAUCAUCAUCAUCAUCAUCAUCAUCAUCAUCAUCAUCAUCAUCAUCAUCAUCAUCAUCAUCAUCAUCAUCAUCAUCAUCAUCAUCAUCAUCAUCAUCAUCAUCAUCAUCAUAA